GGGCUGGGCGGGCGGGGGCCCAUGUGCGGCGGCGGCGGCGGCGGCCCCCCCCCGCCCCCCACUACCGGCGGCGGCGGCGGCGGCGGCGGCGGCGGCGGCCCCUUCGCAGCCAGGCGCCGCUGAGGCGGCUCCGCGGGCGCAGAGCGAGCGCGGCCGCGGCCCCGGCAGGAUGAAGUUCGCCGAGCACCUCGCGGCUCACAUCACCCCGGAGUGGCGGAAGCAGUACAUCCAGUAUGAGGCUUUGAAAGAGAUGCUAUAUGCAGCUGUGGACCAGGCCCCUUCUAUAGAAGACACAGAUGAAGACACGGUGAAAAGGUGCUUUGCCACGUUUGAAGAGAAGUUCUUUCAAACCUGUGAGAAAGAACUUGCCAAAAUCAACAUUUUCUAUUCAGAAAAGCUUGCAGAAGCUCAGCGCAGGUUUACUACUCUUCGGACUGAGUUACAGUCAACUUUGGAUGCACAGAAAGAAGCCAGUGGGGCUUCCACGCUGCAGCGGCGCAGAAAGCCAGUCUUCCACCUGUCCCACGAAGAGCGUGUCCAGCAUAGGAAUAUCAAAGAUCUGAAAUUGGCCUUCAGCGAGCUCUACCUCAGCCUCAUCUUACUGCAGAACUAUCAGAACCUGAACUUCACUGGCUUCCGCAAGAUCUUGAAGAAGCAUGACAAGAACCUGGAGACAGCGCGGGGAGCAGAAUGGCGCGUGGCCGAGGUGGAGGUGGCACCCUUCUACACCUGCAAGAAGAUCAACCAGCUUAUCUCGGAAACAGAGGAAGUGGUGACCAAUGAGUUAGAAGAUGGAGACAGACAGAAGGCUAUGAAACGUUUGCGUGUUCCACCCUUAGGAGCAGCUCAGCCUGUACCAGCCUGGACUACAUUCAGGGUUGGAUUGUUCUGUGGGUUGUUCAUUGCACUGAACGUCACUGUUAUACUUUCAGGUGUGGCUUUUAUAGAUGGACCAAAUGUGUGGCCACUGGUGAGAAUCUAUCGAGGUGGCUUUCUCCUGAUAGAAUUCCUCUUUCUCCUGGGUAUCAACACAUAUGGCUGGAGACAGGCUGGCGUGAAUCAUGUCCUCAUCUUCGAACUCAAUCCCCGCAGCAACUUGUCCCAUCAACAUCUCUUUGAGAUUGCUGGUUUCCUGGGGGUUUUGUGGUGCCUGAGCCUGCUGGCAUGUAUAUAUGGUAAAUUCACCUACAUCCCUAUGCAGGUGAAUCCACUCAUCUUGUACGGCUUCAUGUUGCUUUUUCUCAUCAACCCUACCAAAACCUUGUAUUACAAGUCCCGUUUUUGGCUGCUCAAACUAUUGUUUCGAGUGUUCACUGCUCCCUUCCACAAGGUAGGCUUCGCAGAUUUCUGGCUGGCUGAUCAGCUCAACAGCCUGGUCGUGAUACUCAUGGAUCUGGAAUACAUGAUCUGCUUCUACAGCUUUGAGGUUCAGUGGGAGGACAAUGCUGGACUUCUGGCAAAUACAGAUAAUCAGAUUUGUUACAGCUACUCCUACGGAGUGAGAGCAGUUGUCCAGUGCAUCCCCGCUUGGUUGCGAUUCAUCCAGUGCCUGCGCCGUUACCGUGAUAACAAACGGGCCUUUCAUCUGGUUAAUGCUGGAAAAUAUUCCACCACCUUCUUCGUGGUGACAUUUGCAGCCCUCUACAGCACUCACAAAGCUAAAAACCACAGUGACACCCAAGUGUUCUUCUACCUGUGGAUUAUCUUCUAUUUCAUCAGCUCUUGCUAUACCCUAAUUUGGGACCUGAAGAUGGACUGGGGUCUCUUUGACAAAAAUGCUGGUGAAAAUACCUUUCUACGAGAAGGAAUUGUCUACCCGCAGAAAGCAUACUACUAUUGUGCCAUUGUAGAAGACGUGAUCCUGCGUUUUGCGUGGACCAUCCAGAUCUCCCUCACUUCCAUGCAAAUCUUUCCGUACGCUGGGGACAUCAUUUCUACUGUAUUUGCCCCACUUGAGGUAUUCCGGCGGUUUGUGUGGAACUUCUUCCGCCUGGAGAACGAGCACCUGAACAACUGUGGUGAGUUCCGUGCCGUGAGGGACAUCUCCGUGGCACCGCUCAACGCCGACGACCUGACGCUCUUGGAUCAGAUGAUGGACCAGGAGGAUGGAGUACGAAACCGCCGCAAGAACAAACAGUGGAAGCGCAGCCAGAGCGUGUCCUUGCGCAGACCUCGUCUUGCUUCACAGUCCAAGGCUUGUGACACUAAAGUAUUGAUAGAGGACCUAGCGAACGAAGCGAACACAUGAGAUGGCCACGGUCUCUUAUUCCGCAUCCUUUGUUUUCUCAUUCUGUUCCCCUCUUCCCCAAGUAACCCGAUCUCUGGUACAGUUCCAGCUGAAAACAGGAGAAAACACUGAACACGUUUUCCGAGCUCUUCCAGACCAGAACCUAUGGACUCCAACAAGCUCACUGUGUUUCGUUUCUUUUCUUCUGGGUUAAUUUUAAUGUUCUAUUUUAAAAAAAAAAAAAAAAAUAAAAUAUUUUACUUUGUUUUGCCAAUAAAGAGGACAGUUCAGGAAAGAAGGAUUGUUUACAGUCUCAACAAGGACACACAAACCUAUCUGGAUAACGAAGCAUCAUAGGGACUCCCUCAUGGGACAGUGCCGAGAGCACACUCGGUUUCUGCUUGGCCCGGUUUUGACUGGUUGAAACCGGACUUAAGUUUUUAAAUCUUGAUUUUUUUGGUUUUGUUUUUAGGUUGGUUUUUUUUUUUUUCUUCAUAUCCAGCGCUGAGGCACUGGCUGCACUUGCAGGAAAAGUGCACUUAGAGCAGUAUCUUCAUUCAUGAAGCUACUUUUUAAUUUGAUGUAACUUUUCUUAUAAUUUUUUGGAAAUACGAUGUAUCUGUUGCAUAUAGUUUUCACAUUAUUUAUGAAACUUAACAACCAUAUGAGAGUGAUUUUGAGUCCUGUGCAAUGAAGGUUGUAAUGGUAAAACAAAGCCGGGAAUGUAGAUCUGGAUCUCCAGGGUUGUGGGGUUAUGCCCUGCAAAUACCCCUCUCGUGAGACAACUUGCACCUGUGUUUACCUUUUCUCUCUUUCCUUCUUUUCAGUGUUAUUUUAUUUUAAACCAAAGUUUCUCUUUGUGAUUUUUUUAGUUGCUGCUACUGCUUCUGGGCAUGUCUCUUGUGCCGUUCAACGCCAACGUUCCAUGCAGCCGUGUGAAAGUAGUGCAGGUGAUCCUUAAGGCCCUUUGGAAAGGAGAGUUGGGUCGUACCAACCAUGCAAAAAGCUAGGCGAACCCAAGGCUUCAGAACUUCUUUCUCCGGAUCCAAAAAAAAAAAAAAAAAAAGAUUUUUCCAAGCCUUAAUAAUCCUUAGAUGGCAUAAGGGCAUCCCACGCCGAGCAGGGAGCUUUUCUGGUGUUCUCCUGCAGCCCGGCGCAGCAAAAGUGGGGCGAGGCGAGGAGGGGGUGGUUCCCGUGGGAGGGAUUUUAGCAGGCUGGGGCUCAGGAAGCGGCGCUGUGUCGGGGAGCGCGGCAAGGGCUGUGUGGUGCCCACCCGGUGAUGGGGAAGGUGGAAUUGAAAACCGACGGGUGUCCUCGUGGCUUCUGGUUUGGCAGAGAGGCUCUGUCGGGCGCUGCGUAGCCGUCCCGUGGCUCGGCGGCUACUCGUGCCCCUCGCCUUCGGCUCGCCCACCCGGUUUGGGAGGCGCGGUGUUACGAAGCGUGGUACGUGGGUGACGGGCAGCCGUACUGCCCGGAGAGCGACGCUGCUGGCUCGGUGCUCUCGGCCUCUCCUCCCGGAGGAAAACAAACAUUGGGGGGGGCCCACAGAGCCCCCACCAUCCUUCCCCCCCGCCGGGGCGCGACGCGCCCUCCCGCGCCGCAGCACCGGCGGGCGGGGGGAGCUGGAGCUGGACCUCGCAGCCGGGGCUGCUGCCGCGGGGUCGGGCCGGGGUGCCCGGGGACCCCCCCUCGCCUUCCCCCCCGCCUUGCCCGGCCCGUGGGCAGCCGUGCUGCACGGCUGGGGCUGCGAGGGGAGGGUGAAACUCUUGGAGUAGGAUCCUCGCACUGAUGUCUGUCCGGUGUCUCGCCUCUCGUUCGGGUGGUGGAAUAGCAGGAAUCUUUGCUCAGCUGCUCUUCGGUAGUUGCUUUGUUGGGUUUUUUUUGUUUGUUUGCUUUGUUUUGUUUUGUUUUUAAUUAGCUGACGGCAUGGUUUCUCACACAACCGGUACAUUGCAUUUUCUCCGUUCGCCCGCUGUGCCCUUUGCCCAGAGGGGCUGAAGAAGGAAACUUAGUUCUCUCCAUUGAAUUGGAAACAGAUUAAAAUUCCGUGGUGGUGAACCCCGUGCCAGGCUGAGGGCCACGCUGCAAGCCUGGAACCUCCCGACACUCCUGCUGCACGCUCUCUCAGCUUACAAAGAAACCCCCCUGGACCUGCCGGGAGGUGCCUGCGCUCUGUCAGCGGUGUGCGCGGCGGUGUGUCUGUCUGUCUGUCUCCUCCCCGCAUCUCCCGCCGCGGCCGGGCACGCCGGGGUCAUCCUCAUCUUUUUUUUCACUGCCCAGCAGCCUGUUUGUUUUGUUUUGUUUUGGUUUGGUUUUUUUUCCCUUAUUUUUAACUCCCUUAGGCCCCGUUGUUUGUACUCAAACCGGAGGGGUCCUGUUUGUAAGGAGGUGUGGAGCCUGAGGUAGAGAGCCCCUUAUAAAUAUUUCAGUUUCCUAAUUCGCAGUGCGGCGGUUGUGUCCAAACCUCGCGUAGGUGUUUCCAGCGGUGGGAGACGAGCGAAGCCGUGCCGGCCUAGGGGUGCUUUAGAGGCAGGGGGCAAUCCAGCAGAAACCAGCGGUGUUACUUAAGCAAGUGGCUCUUUAUAAAAAAAAAAAAAAGAAGCAGAGCUUUAUUGGUAAUUCUUCCUUUCCGAGGGAAGGAAAAAAUAACAGAGAGACAUUUUGAAGUGAUGCCAGUGCCCUGGGAGCGCUCUGCCUUCCUCAGCUGGGCUGGGGGGAGCGGGGCACGGCCUGUGGCCGGCCUGCUGCACCCUCCAACCGUCCCCUUCCCAACCUGGCGGGGAGGGUCAGGUUGCAUGUUGUGAAAUUCUUAUUCUGUAGUUUACCCAAAUCCUUACGGGAGGCGAGAAUUCGGUCUGUCCGUCUGCUCUGCUCUUUCCCUUCAUUUUUUCCUCUGUCUUUGCCGGUAGGAGAAAGAAGGUAGAAAGGGGAGGUGGCGUGCUGCGGCUAGCAAACGUGAUCUCCUAAAGUAAAACAUCGUCCCUCUUGGCAGUGAAGAUGCUCUCUUGGGGAAAAGCAGCCCGAAUUCCCAGAGGCACAGCUCGUAAAGGCUCCCAGCCCUCCUGCCCUGCCUCGGCCUCUUCCCUCCCUCCCUCCCUGAGGUUUCUGCGAAAUCAGGCGUGCAGAUUCCUCCCGAGCGCGAGCACUAAAGCCGGGAUGGCUCCGCGUCUACGAGAACAUCUGGGCAAUGAAGGGAGCCCUAACGAAGCAGAGCAGGUGGUGAGAGGAGAUGGCCCCGGUGGUCGGGGCUUCGUCCCGUCAGCGGGCUUUGCUGAUGGGUGCCUGGAGACACCCCCGGCGCGGGGAUCAGCGAGGGUGACCAUCCAGAAAUACGGGGAGCGGAGUUAAAAGGAGCUGGGAUUCGGUUCUUAUCCGGCGCUUUACUCGUUGGGCCGGGUGGGAUGUGGAAGCUGGGAGGGGGCUGCGCGGUGGGCGCGGCGGAGCCGUGCUGGCUUUCGGGUGUUGAGCUCUCCCUCUCCUCGCGAUGCGGUGCGGAGGCGGUGGCCGCGUGCGGCUCCGAGGGUGGCGUGGCCGCUGCUCUUGCCUGGCUGAAACCCUCGCAGGUGGCCCCGUCUGAGGGGAGGAGAUGCCACAGUGUGGCCGGUGACUUUUGGAGAUUCCCUUGGAACUCGCUUCUCCGUGCCGAUCCCCUCCUGCUUUCCAUCCUUCCCCGCUCUUCCAGGGAUUUUUUUCAGGUUGCGGCGGGGUUAGGGUUUGCAGCCCCCGGGGUUUAUUUGCUAGCUGGAGUUCCCUGCAUGGCUUUGGGACUGUCACCAGGAGCGCCAGGUCCCCUGCCCAGGGCAGGCAAUGCCGUGCUGUUGCGGGUGAGCGCUCCCAAAGCGGCAGCAGGGCAGGUUCAGGCUUUACGGGCUCGCCGAGCAGGAGCUGCUCCGUCAAGGGGAACCACCGCAUUUUUUUAAAAAUAAAUAAGUAAAUAAAUAAAUAAAUAAAAAUCCAUUUGCAGCGCUCGUGGCCGCGGCCUGCACGUAUCAAGCUCCUACCUCUCAAAUCCAGGCAGCGUUCCCAAAGUUGGCUGUCGCUCAUCCUGCGCCAUCCCCUGCCCCGCUCCCGGCCCUUCUGCUGCUGUCAGCGUCUCAGCCUCUCUGCCGCUUGUCCGAAGCCGACUGGAUGCAGGGGGGACAACCGGCAGCGUCCCAAUCUUUGGGGAGGGGUGGGGGGGGGGGGGGGAAGUCUCUUGCGGAGCAGAGUUGGAUCCCUGCUGCUCUUACUUCCCUAAUAACUUCUUGUGCUGCUUGUUGCGAUGCUCAGCGGCCGGGAGGGAGCAGGUCCCUGGGGAUUUUACUUCGGCUCUUCCAAGGAGCAAGGGAGAAGGCGCGGAGCCUUCGAGCUUUGCCUGCGUUGUGAACGGCCGGGUGAAUUUGGCCCUGUGUGGCCAGGCUGCUGCUGCCUACCGCUUGCCGUGGCUCAGGCUUUUUGGGGAGGGGGGGUUUGUGGCCCCGGUGUCGGGCCGUCGCGCUGGGACGUGCCCUGGGACCGGGGCAGGGCUUGGCUCCCGCCGGGAACGCAAACCCCACUUUGCUCCCACGCUGCAUCCCGGCCCCGUGUCCUCCCUCCUCUCCUCCACCGUUCCGCUUUGCACUCGCAGGGGGAUGAUGAUCUUCUGCCUUAAGCAUUUUUUUUUUUUUUUUAAAUAUUUAUUUACGUUUUUAUUCCAGAAGGCGAUCAGAUUGUUUUGCCUCCUUGGAAAAGAGGGGCUGGGGCUCCCGGGGGGUGGGGAAGAGUGGACAAUCCCUACGGUAACUGCAGCAGUCGCGGUGGGGCUCGGUGGCCGUCGCCUCAUCACACCUCGCCUCCUUGGUGCGACGCCGUCCCAAACCCCACACCUCGGGGCCAGCUGCCGACCCGCCGCCACCGCGGGGUUAAAAGGGUGUUACGGGCUGUCCCUGCGGCAGGUCCUGGCUCUGAGAGAAGCGCAGGUUUGGCCGGGGGAGGAGAGGAAAAGGGAUGGUGACGUUGGGUGUGCCCAGAGGCCGAUGCCCCAGAUGUUCCCGGCGGGAGCCCGAGGCUGCUCUGGCCCCGCGCCGCGGUGGGCGAGAGGCGCCGACCCUGCCGGGGAAGGUGCCCCGUGGCCUGACAGCCCCUCAAGCUCUAGAAACCAAAUUGCAAACUCUUUGCUCCCGAGGAGAAAUUGGGCAGCCUGGUAGAACUUGUGAUGACCUCUCCGUCCCGUAGGUCCUCCUGACGAAGGAGCGGCGUUUGGAAGGGGCUCGGGGUGGGAAUUCCAAAGUUCCCCCCCGGUCCCGCUGCCGCCUUCCUCUCCCCCUCCCCGCUGUGUUGGUCUAAAUGAUCUUUCUAUGAAGCCCUGUAGAUGUCAAAAGUAAUUAUGGAGUGUGAUUAGUCCUCUGUGGGUGCUUUCUUUCUUUCCUCCUCCUUUCUCUUUUGCUAUCCCCUUCUCCACUCUUCUUUUUUGGCUAAGUGGAAAAGGUGAGGACAAAGAAUUGCCGCUUGCUUGGACUCAUGAUGUAUCUGUGACUGCGCUAUUAGCUGUCUCCUCUUUCCUCCCCAAAUGGAUAUAAUUUUUGAAGUGUGGAAUACCCUUCUUGAUAAGUAGGUUUUAAAACAAAAAAAAAAAAAAAAAUGCACAAUGUGAUACUGUUUCAUAGUUUCUAGGUGGUUGUAUAAAGCAAAGUUACUGUGAUUGUGUUUUUCAAAGGAAAAAGUGAUUGGUUACGAAAUCUGUCCUUUUUUCAUUAUUACAAGCUCUUUGUUUUCCAAUGA